UAGCAAAAACAAUAAUUAUUUUCAGCAAAAAUGGGUAAAACAGUCAAGGAGAUUAUUGAAGAAGAGUACGGAACCAAUAUUGAUGAGUACAAAGAUGAUUUCACUGCCUUAGUUGUUGAAGCUGAGGAUAUCAUCGAGCUUACCGAGGAGGAUAAGAAGUUCUUGGAGAACUUCACUAAGGUCACCAACCUGUCAAUUGUAUCCUGCAAGCUGAAGAGUCUAAACAAUUUCCCUGACUUUGAAAAUCUUGAGAGGUUAGAGUUGGCCGACAACAAUAUUGCUGGAGGGCUUGGAGCAUUAUCAAAAUAUCCUAAUCUAAAGAACCUGAAGUUAUGAGGCAACAAGAUAAAGUCAAUUGAUGACGUUGCUGAGUUGAAGCCUUUAUCCAAACUUGAAAAUCUAGACUUUAUCGAGACUCCUCUCUCCAAGACAGAGGACUACAAGAAGAAGAUCUGGGAGCUAUUCGAGAACCUAAAAGUGCUAGACAACUUUGAUAAGGACGGAGAGGAAUGCCUCUCUGAGCUCGAUGCUGACGAAGCUGAUGGUGAAGGUGAAGGAGACCUCGGCGAUUUCAUUGACCCUAAAGAUCUCACAGAGGAAGAAAAGCAAAGACUUGAGAAGCAAGGACUCAAAUUUAUUGAGGGAGAGGGCGAAGAUUAUGAUGAUGAAGGUGAAGAACAAGAGGAAGAAGAUACCGCCAAAGCAGGAGAGAAGAGAGCCAGAGAAGAUGACCCAGAGGAAUCCGGCAAUAAGAGGCAGAAAACUGAGGAGUAAGGUGCAGAGGAUGGGCUGUUGGUAGCUAUUGUUAAUUUA